GCCAUCGACGAGAACCGAACUGUUUUAUCCGCGGACGGACCAGUGGGUAGUUGCUUGUGCGUAUACAGCAGCAAAAAGCAUCUCGUGUGUGUGCAGUGCAGUUGGGAAAUACUUUAAUAAUCUUCCGAAAAUUUCGGUGGAAAUCCGUCGUCGCCGUGAGUGGCAUCGAACCGAGUGUUGGCCAACCGUGCGCGAAGGAGGUCAAAUUGAUCAAUUUGAUCGAAGGAAAAAAGACCAAGUCUUGGCUUUUCAGAUUUCAAUGGAAAGUGCAGUGGUAGUGUAGUCUGCUGCGGUGUGGUCUGGUGACAGCUCUCGCGGUCGCCCCCCAAGUUUCGAGGGAAUCCAUCUUGCUCACACAUUCGAACGUAGUACACAUGAAUUCGAUUCGUCGGAUGGCGGAGCCUUGAGUUUUUACACAGCGGAGAGCGAAAAGUGCCCCUCUAGAGUCUAGAGUAGUGCCCUGGCCUGGCCUGGUGGUGGUGGUCAAUCUUCAUUUUUCCCGUUCCUCGAGACGAACAACACUCGAGGAGUGUUGUGUUUUUGCUCUGUGUCUGUGCGCGGAAAAGAGAAGGUACUCACACAUUAGCCGAAAGAAGGGAGUGUUGUGAGUUGUGCAAGUGAGAGGAGGAGAAGAUUGUGGUGAGACACAAAAAAAAAGUCGUCAAGCAGGACCAGGAGAAAGUUGCAGCAACCAUCGUUGUCGUUGUCGUUGAGACCUGCUGCAUUGGAUGCAAAGUGGGAAGAAAAAGACCAUCUCGGCACAUUCCUCCAUCCGCGGAGAAGACAGGCUGUCGACUUUCGCAAAGUGAAAAAGGAAAACAGCAAAAUUGCAGCACUGUCAGUUCCCGAACCGACCGACGAGCCUACUUCCAUCAUCUGACUGCUUUCCGUCUGAGUGUGUGUGCGUAGUUGAUUGUGUUAUUUAUAAUUGCAAUAGCCAAAGCUGCGUAGUUAUCAAAAGUGCAUUUUGUGAAGAGUUUUCCCUCCUCCCCCUUCGUAGGGAAAAAGAAUCCAGGCAGAAAGUGUUGGAAAAAGGUGCUCUUUGUUGAAGUGCGUGAAAGGGAAGAAAGGCAGCGACGAAUGCAUUACGCACACACACACACAAACGUCAUCCUGGGUUAUUGUUUUCCCACUGAAGAUUGUGAAGAACGCAUAUAAAUAUUGAGAGACUCCCUCCUGGUGUCCGUUUUCAAAACAAAUCGAUUUCAGUAUUAUUAUGCUUGCCGUUCGUCAGCAUCAGCAUCAGGCGAUAGCAGCUGUCAACCUUUGACAGCUGACAAACGGCGUUGUUGUUGUUGUGUGAAAACAAUCAAGCUCGCGAUUUUUCAGUUUCGGUUUUUGUUGUUUUCGGGUGUUCGACGAGUGUUGUUGUUGCUGGUGCGUGUCAGUGCGAUUGACGCGCCCUGCUCUAUCUCUAUCCCAGAAAGGUGCAUUUGUUUUUGUUGUCGCGGAAGAGCGACGACCAGUGGCAGCAGGGUGCAGUGAAAUUGAAGUGUGUGGGUUGAGGCGGAAGAGUGUGUGCAAGGAUUACAUCAAUCGAUACCGCCGCCGUUGCUGAGCAGCAGCAGUUUGCUGCUGGUGGUGCAAUUUGCAUCGAAAUUUCGCUGCAGGAGAGAUUCUGCUGCUAAACUUACACAAGCGCAACCCUAGGAUCGGCAGACGAGGGGUGCGUCCUGGGCAGUAGUAGUGCACCAAUACAGCCGUACACCGUUUGGCAAUCAUCAUAUAGCAGUAGCAGGAGGAAGCACAACCUGAGGAGAAGACUGGCGAAAGAUGUCGUCCAAAAACAUACCUGCUGAUAAGGUGCGCAAACAUGGGCUGAACUUCGAUACUUCAAAUCGUUCGAUAAACCUGCGACUGAUACUCGUAAGCGGCAAGACGAAAGAGUUCCUGUUCAGUCCAUCCGAUUCGGCCGGGGACAUAGCACUGACAGUGUUCGAAAAUUGGCCCGAUGACUGGGAAUCGGAGGCUGUGGCAAAGGCGGAGAUCCUAAGACUUAUCUACCAGGGCAGAUUUCUGCACUGCAACGUGACGCUAGGCGCCCUAGGGUUACCAUUAGGCAAAACGACCGUGAUGCACUUGGUCCCACGUGAUAAUCUGCCCGAGCCAAAUUCGCAAGAUCAGCGACAAAAAAGUAAAGGCGGCUCCAGUAGAUGUUGUUCCACUAGUUGUUGUAUAUUGUAACCAAUUUUUAUCGAGUACUAAAAAAAAACAAAACAAAAAACAGAAAACGCUACCACUAAACUCACACACAUACACAAAUACGCUCUAUUUACUGUGUCAUCGUUAUUGCUACUCCUGCUGUGGCCACGAUUGCUGAACUACGGACCAACACAGCAACCGGAACGAGGACGUGUGUUAGAGAAGGAGGAGCAGGAUGCGAUAAUUAUAAAUCUGAUUUUUUCCUUAUUUUUUGUUGAAUAGUUUAUCCUCUUUGUUCAUAUUCAUUAGCGAAAAUUUGUUUACUUUUUGUUUUAGCUAUGUUUUAAUCAUUCUCUGCUGCCACACACACACGCGCAUAAGACACUUAACAUGCAUGUAAUGUAUAAACAAAAAUGGACAUCAAAACUCCUCGACGAGUAGCAUCGAUUGGACAGACAUACAAACACACACACACAUACACACAUAUGUACACUGAAACAAAACGUCAAACUCAAAGUUGCGUGCAGUAGAGAUAAAGCAAAAGUAUGAUAAAUUUAACGUUUAAUUAGUUUUGUAAGAAGUAACCGGAUCGAAACGAUGGAGCGGAUUAAGAACAAUGGUACAUAUUUUUAGCGAAAAUUCUAUACAUAUACAAACACACGCAGCAGGCAGCAAGGCGCAAUGUAACUGGACUGCAGCGACGGUGCGUGUGCUGGGAAGGGAAGGAGGAAAACUUAUGAGAAGAUACGGAUGAAACACGAGUAAAUCAGAUGAAAUUACUAGGUAUAGGCAAUUCGUUGAUCGUAUAGGUUCUAUAUUUUUCUCAGAUUUAGUAUUUUUACAAGGAAAUAGAAGAAGAAGAAAUGACGCGAAACAUACAAAAAAAAACACACACACACAAAAUGGUGGCUAUCAGUUUUCGCCCUGAGUUCGAAGUUUAGUGCGCAAUCCUAUCACGGGACAAAUAAAAUGAAAGCAAAAAAAAGCUUAGAAAGAGAUUAUUUAAUGUAAACAAAAGGAAGGAGACCACAGUCUUGAAAGAAUCUAUUGUUACAAAAUGAAAAAAAGAUGAAAGAUCAGUUAUUCUAGUUUAAUAACGAAAUUGUAAAAAGUAAUAAACAAUUUAGACUAAACAAAAAAAACAGCAAAAGAGAUCCCAGAUAGCAAGCGCCACUUACUCACACACAUCGAAAAACUACAUACACACACAUACACACAAACAAAAAGCAUGUAAUAACGGAGAAACAAUUCCUCAACCUACUCUCAUUUCUCGGUUAAUUCGUGCUGUAAGUGAUAUAUAGGAGCAACCAGCGAAGAAGAAAAAAAAACCAUAACCAGUCUCUUUAGGAAAAAAGAAUUAAAAAAAAAAACAAACAAACCUGCAAAUCACGGUCGGAUUUUUUUGCAAUCUGACUUCCUCGUAGCGUGUUAAGUGAUUCGUUCUCUCCAGUAAACAAUUGGUUUUUGCCGGAAUCGGUUCCUUGCGCAAUUACCCAUCAAGUACCGGCGAACUCGUUUACGCCUAAGUUUCGUUUCGUUUUUCUGCCUUUGGCUAAAUCAAUUUUCACCACGAUGAAGACGGUGCAUUCGAUUCGAGGGAGGAUCAAGCGAUCAACAGACAGAUAGACAGAGAGAGAGAGAGAGAAUGAUACCAGUGUACAGUUUUAUACGAGAUCUUUGUAGUAAGCGGAAACAACCGGAGGAAGCGCAGCGUUUUCUAAUCGACUAAGUAUGUGUUCAACUAACCAAACAAGUGAAAAUGUGAAGUCCGCACUUUGUCAACCCCCUCCUUUGUCGUCGCCCCCCUUUGCCUCUGUAUGAUUAUGCUCGCGCGUUGUAGUUGAGACGAAUCGCAUAUAAUCACACAUACCAAUAGAUAGCUGUUAUUGUUCCCCUUCCUGCUCUAUUUCACCUAGUAGCAACGCUCACACCGACAUCCCCUAAACAUACGAGUACGUGCACUAUUCUAUUGUUGUUAUGAAUAAUCAGAGCUCUAUAUUUAUACUUUUAUCUCGUCGUAUCUAAAAUAGUUCGGAAAGCAUUUCUCUUACUGGAAAUCACCACCUUCGCAUCCAUCUCUGUUGUUUUUUUUUUGUUUUAACCCAUGGAUUGGCGUCAUCCAUAUUAUCUCACUCACACCCAUAUCAUCAUCGAUGUCAUGUAGAAUUUAGCUCAGCGCCCUCACUCUGAAGACUCGGAGGAGAAAUAAGUGCCCUCCUCCAACGCGUCGUUGUUUGCGGUGAUGAUGGGACAGCGGGCGAGUCGUUUAUAGUUGCAUCAUCGCAGUACAAUAACUUAAUUAUAGAUCGUCGUCGUCGUCGUCGUCAGUCGCCCACGUGUAACACCAUCUAACGUUCUGCUUUAAUAUCUAAUACUGGAAGCUUUAACCGAGGUAGGGCAUUUCGCCAAUUUAUCAUUCAAAAUCUCCGGUAGCAUUUGUUUCAGUUUGGUUGCCAUGCGAUGCUUGCUGGAAUGCGUCUGUUGUACACUCAAAAAAUAAUUCACGUCAGAGUUACGUGAAAAUGUAGGUUGCUUUCGUCCCAUCCCUUUCUUCACGUAAGAACAUUGAAUGAGUGUCAUAAGUUUCAUUAUUUAAAAUGGGUUUUCGAAUGCUGAGCUCAAAAUGCUCUCAACCACACCAAACUUCUUCAAAAGUUUCUUGAAUUUCUGUAAUGUUCCACGAACUUCUUCAAAAGUCCUUUACACGAAACAGUAGCUGAAUUUCUGCAAAGUUCCUUAAAACUGAAAGUUUCCCAGCGUACAGAGGAAUGCACUUCUCAAAAGAGUCUUGAGGAACGCUCAGAAAUUGUGAACAACUUCGGAGCAGAUUAGGCAUUUUAUUGGAUAAAUUCAGGAUACAUUGGGAAAGCUCAGAGAACUGUGAAGGAAUUUCUAGAAGUAAAAGAAAUUCAGAAGAUUUUGUAAAAGUUCGACAAACUUCAGAGAUGCACGGUAGGCAACCUUUAUAAAAGGUCAAGAAACUUUUGUGCAACUUUGAAGAUGUUUAGGGAGACUUUGGAGAAUUUAAUGAAACUUUGGACAAGCAAGUUAAGAAUGCUUUUGAAACGUCAUUUGGGGGAAAAUUUUAAUUUUCAAUGCACUUCGGAUACUUUGAAAAAGCUCAUGGAAAUAUCUUUGGAAAUGAUAAGAAAAUUUCAAGCUACUUUGAGAUCAGUUCAGAGAACUUUUGAAAAGAAGUUCUUGAAACUUUAAAGAAUUUUGGAGUAAUAAUUAGUUCAGGACACUUUCAUAGCGAUCGAGGAUUUUUGGAAUGAUCUUUGCGAGGGCUCAAUUUCUGGGAUCAUUGGGAAAACUCUGGAAAUUUUAAAGAAUUUUGGAGCCAAAGUGCAAAGUUUCCUAAAAACUGAACCACAUAAAACUUCUCCAAAUGUUUCUUGAAUUGUUGUAAAGUUCCAUGAACUUCUCUCAUGUUCUUCGAAUCUUUUCAAAGUGUCUUAAAUUCUUUCAAAGUUCCUUAAAAAUUCCAAUUUCUUCAAUUUAUUUCCAUUACUUGGAGAAGUUCGAGAAACUUCAGAGAUGCAAGUCAAGUGAACUUCAUAAACGUCAGCAACGUGAAAGUAGUUCAGGGAGAUUUUGGAGAAUUUCGAGAAACUUCGGAGAAGCUAGUUAAGAUUACAUUGAUGUAGUUUCAUUAAUUUAAGAAGCUUCCAAAAGUUUCCUUUUUACCACUUUCUGGAGUAAAAAUGUGAGAAAUUAUCCCAAUCCUGGAUAAAAUAAAAAUAUAUACUUCUAGGUGUCCAAAGAUUCAAAAUAAAUGUUGGUUGAAAAUAGGGUCUUCUUCUCCGAUUGGGUCAAAGAAUGAAGUAAUUAAAUUAAAAAAAGAAGUAAUUUGGGGAAAAUAUGAAUUUUCAAAGAACUUCAGAGAAGUUCAGAAUACUUUGGAAAAAUUCAUGGAAGUAUGGAACAUUGUAGAAGACAGUUCAGUGAUCUUUGGAAAAUCAACUUUGAGAUCAUUUCAGAGAACUUUUGACAAAGCUCAGGAAAUUUUAAAGAUUUUUAGAGAAAUAAUUAAUUUAGGAAACAUUCAAAACGAUCGAGGAUUUUUUUUAAAUGAUCUUUGCGAGAGCUCAACACAAUUUUAGAAACUUUGGAGCACUUUAAGCCACGUUUGGAGAAGCUCAGGGAUCUUUGGAAAAGUUGAGGCAAUUAUUUUCAAAGACGCCAUUUUAAAAAAAUUAGAAGAUCCAAAAUGUUCGAAUUUAAGCAAAAAUGUUAGGUUAGGUUAUCUUCAUUAGCGAGACUUUCAGCCAGAGGCUGGUUCAUCUCUUGAGCAAAAAUGUGAAUUAUUGCCCAUAACAUUCAAUUAUUCAAAGCUUUAUGCAAAUCGUCAUUUGGUGUGAAAAUGCUCUUUUGUAAAAGUUCAGAAAAGUUAAAAGAAUUUUAACUUAACAUAGAUCACUAACCGUACUUCUCCAAAGUUCCUUAAAAAUCCAGUUUCCUCAAUUUACUUCCUGAACUUAUCUGUAGUUCGUUGCACUUCUCAAAAGAGCGAUAAACUUUAUUUUAAGUUUCUCUGAAUGUCUUCAAAGCUUUCUGCACAAAGCACAUUUCGCUUAAAGUUUCUUAAAAUUUCCUGAGAUUUCAUUUAGAUCUAUCAACUUAUUAAUUCGAAGUUUCUUGAACUUCUUCAAACGUUUCUUAAACUUCUAUUUAUAAAGAUCCCUGAACAUCUUCUAAGUUCCUCGAACUUUUUCAAAGUGCCUUCCUCCAAAGUUUCGUUAAAUUUCAUUAGCCCUCAAUUUACUUCAUGAAUUUAUCCGCAGUUUCCAGCACUUCCCCAAAGUGUAAUAAACCAAUUUUAAAAUACCUUUAAUUCCGUCAUCAUACUUUUCCAAAGAUCCGCAAACUACUAUACAAUUCCAUGGACUUCUAUUAAUUUUUUAAUGAAAAAAUACCCGAACUAUUCCACAAAUGGUUUGGAUGAUACC